UACACAUACUAGUACUCCUAUAUUUCAAACAAAUCCUCUAAACUUGCUUCUCUCUGAAAAUUGAGGGAUGUUGAGAAUGGAUAGGAUGAUGAUAUUAGUUAUAGCUCUAAUUCAUGUGAGCAAUGGAGAGUUUCCACGCUUCCAACAACCUACAAAAGCUGAUGGAUCCCUUCAAGUGUUGGUGGUGGGAGAUUGGGGAAGAAAGGGUCACUACAAUCAAUCUCAACUUGCUCAUCAGAUGGGCGUGACAACGGACAAGAUGGAUAUUGAUUUUGUUAUUUCAACUGGUGACAAUUUUUACGACGACGGAUUGAUCGACGUCAAUGAUCCUGCCUUCCACCAAUCUUUCACUCAUAUAUACACGGCUCCUUCUUUGCAAAAGACGUGGUACAAUGUGUUGGGAAACCAUGAUUAUAGAGGUGACGCCUUGGCACAAUUGAGUCCAAUCCUUCAAGCAAGAGACAGCAGAUGGUUUUGUAUGAAAUCUUUUAUUCUUGACGCAGAUAUUGUAGAAUUUUUCUUCAUAGACACGACGCCGUUUGAAGACAAAUACUUCACGAAACCAAAAGAUCAUGUGUAUGAUUGGAGAGGUGUUCUUCCUAGAGAGAAAUAUCUUUCAACCCUCUUACAGGAUUUGGAGAGUACACUAAUAGAGUCGAAAGCUAAGUGGAAAAUAGUGAUAGGUCACCACACGAUUAAGAGCGCUAGUGAUCAUGGUAACACUCAAGAGCUUGUCGAUAAGGUUCUUCCCAUUCUUGAGGCAAAUGGAGUUGAUCUCUAUAUAAAUGGACAUGAUCACUGCCUCCAGCAUAUAGCUAGUCCUGACAGUCCUCUUCAAUUUUUGACUAGUGGAGGCGGAUCGAAGGCUUGGAGGGGUGUAUACGAGUGGCCCAACCCUAACGAGAUGAAAUUUUUCUAUGAUGGUCAAGGUUUCAUGACUCUCGACAUAACUCAUCAUCAAAUAAGUCUCAAUUUCUAUGAUAUAUUUGGUAACAUUUUGCACAAAUGGAGUGUCACACCACAACCAUCCAUCAUCUCCGCUAUCUAGAUUACAGGAGGGGGCGACCACCCCUUCCCAGCCGUCCGGAGAGCCUAAAUAUCCCUUAUAAUCGAGGUGGAAAUAGUAAAAUCGCCCCCUCCGUGCAUAGAAAAAUAUGAGGUUUCAAUAUAUGUUGUGUUUAAGUUAGUAGUCUAGUGUUUGUGUUGUUGACCAUUUAAUCAAGAAGUCCUUGGAUCAAGCCUCAUUGAGAGCAUUUUUUCUUCUUUUAACCUUUCUUUCUUUAUUUUAUCAAUUCAUGUGACUUCUUAUUACCCAAUCAAAGCAUUGAAAUGCUUUAUGAA